AUGGCUCAAACUCUCGCGCAAACCGUCGAAGACCGAUAUCACAUUGGUAGUGUGAAGCUACAGACGAUACCGAAGCCUCCCCCGAUAAUCGACUUCUCAUCUUUCUACGAGGAUAAAGACCAUGUUAAGGCGGGGCUUGUGCAGCAAAUCAAAGCCGCGUGCUUGGAGAAGGGCUUCUUCCAGAUCACCGGACACGGCAUAUCUGAAGACCUGCAACAAGCCAUGUUGGAACAUUCAAAAGCCUUAUUCGCUCUGCCACUAGAACAAAAAGAACAAUACGACCAAGCAAAACACCCAAACAGACUCGGCUACGAACGACUACGAUCGCAGAACUUUGAGGGCAAAACUGCCGGGGACCUCAAGGAGGGCUUUUUCUUCGGGAGGUCGCUCCCUCGCGACCAUGCCUAUGUCAAAGAAGGCAGACUGCACUGUGGUCAAAACGUCUACCCAAAAGAAAUGCAAGACCAGGCCCGAUUCAAGACGACAGUGACCUCAUACCACGAGGCAAUGACUGGUUUGGCCGAAGACAUUCUCAGUAUCAUUGCCAUGACCUUGGAUCUAGACAAGAACUACUUCCACGGCUUUUGUCAGGAGCAAGUCUCGGUCCUCAGGAUGUUACACUACCCACCUCAGCCCGUAGAUGCGAGUGAGGAUGAAAGAGGCAUUGGGGCACAUACCGACUUUGGGACCGUGACAAUCCUGCUACAAGAUGACGUCGGUGGAUUGCAAGUGUUCGACACCCCCACCAAGACAUGGAUAGAUGUCGAACCAACUCCAGGUGCCCUAGUAGUCAACCUCGGCAGCGUGAUGAUGCGUUGGUCCAACGAUACCUAUGUCGCAAACCUGCACCGAGUCAUCAACAAAAAUGGACGGGAAAGGUACAGCAUCCCCUUCUUCUACACUGGCAAUCCCGAAUUUCUCAUUGACUGCUUGCCUGGAUGCGGCGACGUGUCUGGGAAGUCGAAAUACCCGCCAAUCAAAGUCCAGGACUGGAUAUCUGGACGACACAAAAACACGUUUUCGGAAGACAAAGGCCUAGAGGAGCUGCAUACUCUAGCAAAAGUUGCCUGA